UUGUACUUAGUACCUGUAUCUUUUGUACUUUGUACCUGUAGAAGCUGUUUUGUACUUAGUACCUGUAUCUUUUGUACUUUGUACCUGUAAAAGCUGUAAUUGUUUGCAAACCUGAAAAUCUGUUCAAUAGCCGGGUCAGGCUUAAGUGGACGCACUUGAAAGCCGCCGGCGUGGACCGCGGGAGACGUCCCCGGACCACAUGUUAGGAAGGCCACACCCUUUGCGGGGAAGCAGAUACCCCUUUUGGGGGCCUUUUAAAAUAUCAGUCUUUGGCCUGUUUCUUGUGACGACAGCCACUGUACUUCUAGCAUUUGUCAUCAUGGGUCAAUCACCAUCUACCCCUCUAUCCGUUGUUUUACAGCAUUUUAAAGAUGUCAGGUCCAGAGGGUCGGACCUCGGUGUAAAAAUAAAAAAAUCCCCUCUAAUCACCUUUUGUUCCUCAGAGUGGCCGAAGUUCGGAGUUGGUUGGCCCCCGGAGGGAACUUUUGAUUUACAGAUUGUCCGUCGCGUAAAGGAAAUCAUCACCAGUGAAAAAAAAUUCGGACAUCCUGACCAACUCCCGUAUAUCUUAGUCUGGCAAGAUCUAGUCCAGAACCCCCCUGCUUGGUUAAAGCCAUUUUUGUCGUUACAGGCACAACCCGUACUGCCGGCUAAACUGCUUGGGUCCCACCCCAACACCCCGUCGGCACCUGCGGUUUUCCAAGACUCUACCCCGGAGGAACUUCUAUUUCCACCACCCUAUCAUAACCCUUGUAGUAACCCUCCCCAACUCCUGCGGUCGGCUGACCACCCUCCCCCAGAGGCGGGCGGGGCUCGUGGGCAGGGUCCGGCGGCAGGCACCCGCUCAGUGAAGGCGAAUUCCCCGGAUUCCACCGUCCUGCCCCUGCGUGUGGCAGGAUUGCCUAAUGAGCAGGGCAACCAGCCCAUGCACUACUGGCCGUUUGCGACCAGUGACCUCUACAACUGGAGAGCACAAAAUGCACGUUUCUCUGACAACCCUAAAGACCUUGUUAAUCUCCUAGACACUGUUCUAUUUACUCAUCAGCCCACCUGGGAUGAUUGCCAACAGCUCUUGCAGGUCCUCUUCACCACUGAGGAGCGAGAUCGUAUACUGACGGCCGCCAGGAAAUUAGUCCCUGGAGAAGAUGACACACCCACCACAAACGCGGCCCGCAUAGAUUUAGUGUUUCCCUUGACCUGACCUGACUGGGAUUUUAACCAGGCUGAAGGUAAGGAGAGACUCCGGGUGUACCGCCAGACUCUAAUGGCAGGGUUGCGUGCAGCAGCCCGCAAGCCCACCAAUUUGGCCAAGGUAGGGGAUGUGCAGCAGGGAAGGGAGGAGACCCCCGCGGCUUUUCUAGAACGCCUCAUGGAAGCUUUUCGGCAAUAUACUCCUAUGGAUCCGGAGGCAACGGAGAACAGGGCCGCGGUGGUAAUGGCCUUUGUUAACCAGGCGGCUCCUGACAUUAAACAAAAACUACAAAGAAUAAAUAGGCUGGGAAAAAAAUCUAUUCGAGAUCUUAUGGAGGUGGCAGAAAAGGUGUACAAUCGCCGUAAAACUCCUGAGCAAAGAGAAGACCGCAUCCGCCAGGAAAAACGGAAGGUAAGGGCGGCUGAAAACGCACGCCACACUCGGGAUAUGGCCAGAAUCCUGUUCGCCGUCACUCAAAAGGACGACCUGGGUAAGCUACACCCCUCCCGCCGCCCCAGCUCCACAGGGACAGGCAGGACCCUACAGCGUGAUCAAUGUGCAUACUGCACUCAAAAAGGACACUGGGCCAAACAUUGCCCAAAGAAACGGGGAAUAACCUCAAACAACCCCGCCGUUUCUGACACUCCUGUCCUGGUGCUCGGGGGCACAAGAGAUGACAGUGACUAGGACCGUCAGGGCUCGACCCUCCCCGAGCCCCGGCUAACCUUAAAAGUGGAGGGGAGACCCGUUAAUUUCCUUGUGGACACGGGGGCACAGCAUUCAGUCCUCACGGAACCCUUGGGUAAACUUUCCGGUAAAACUUCGUGGGUGCAAGGGGCUACGGGCAAGCAGUAUCCCUGGACCACGAAAAGAUCUGUAGACCUGGGAAAAGGUCAGGUCUCGCACACCUUCGUUGUAAUUCCUGAAUGCCCGUACCCAUUAAUUGGAAGAGACCUUUUAACCAAGGUAGGAGCGCAAAUCUCAUUUGGACAGGAAGGUGUCGAAAUCAAGGACUUUAAGGGCUCUCCCCUACACGUCCUCACGAUUUCCCUUCAAGAUGAGUACCGCCUUUUGGUGGCGCCAGAUCACCCACCCCUUUCUGGGUGGUGGAUGGAAUCUUUCUCGAAUGUUUGGGCAGAAACCGGGGGCGUUGGCCUGGCGUCCCACAGACCACCCAUUAUAGUCCAGCUAAAGCCUGGGGCUGAACCCAUUCGGGUAAAACAGUACCCUAUGCCUGCAGAAGCCAAGGCAGGAAUAACGCCUCAUAUUCGGAGGCUAUUGGACAGUGGUAUCCUUAAAACAUGCCAUUCGUCAUGGAACACCCCUUUGUUACCGGUGCGAAAACCACACUCGCAAGACUUCAGGCCGGUACAGGACCUCAGAGAAGUAAAUAAACGGGUCAUAGAUAUCCACCCCACAGUCCCAAACCCUUAUACCUUGCUGAGUGCCUUGCCACCUACUCAUGUGUGGUACACAGUAUUGGACUUAAAAGAUGCCUUCUUUAGUCUACCACUAGCACCCCAAAGCCAGGAAAUGUUUGCCUUUGAAUGGCAGGAUGCGGAACGGGGCAUCAGUGGACAAUUAACUUGGACAAGGUUGCCUCAAGGGUUUAAAAACUCUCCCACCCUUUUUGACGAGGCCCUUCAUGAGGAUUUAAGAAAAUUCCGCAGCCGAUUUCCCGAACUAACUUUGCUCCAGUAUGUUGAUGAUCUGUUACUUGCAGCGAAAAGUGAGCAUGCCUGCCGAACAGGAACAGCCGAAUUACUGACGGAACUGGGCCAGAUGGGAUACCGCGUCUCCGCAAAAAAGGCACAAAUUUGCCUGCCCGAGGUAAUCUAUCUGGGCUACCGCCUCAAAAACGGUUAUAGGUGGCUGACGGAAGCCAGAAAAGCUACUGUCUUACAGUUGCCGACACCCACCACCAAAAGGGAGGUACGUGAGUUCCUGGGAUCUGCUGGGUUUUGCCGGCUAUGGAUACCUGGAUUCGCAGACCUGGCCCAACCCUUGUAUGAGGCUACCCGGGAAAAAGUAACUUUUCAGUGGACUCCCCAGAUGCAGCAGUCUUUUGAGUCCUUAAAGAGGGCUUUACUGUCUGCACCAGCCCUGGGUCUUCCGGACAUUACAAAGCCUUUCCAUUUGUUCGUAGAUGAGGCAAAGGGCAUAGCUAAAGGGGUGCUCACUCAGUCCUUGGGCCCCUGGAGGCGUCCUGUGGCUUAUCUGUCUAAAAAGUUAGACCCGGUGGCGUCCGGCUGGCCACCGUGCUUACGCAUGGUGGCAGCGGCUGCCCUCCUUUUCAAGGACUCCCAAAAACUGUCUCUGGGACAAGUUACUUCCAUAACCACCCCCCAUGCGGUGGAAGGAGUCCUCAGGCAGCCGCCAGAGAGGUGGAUGAGUAAUGCCCGAAUCACGCAUUACCAAAGCCUAUUGCUCAACCCAGAGAGGGUCAAUUUUUCGCCACCCACGGGGCUAAACCCCGCCUCCCUCCUACCUGCCCCUGACCUGGAGGCCCAUCUAGACUGUGUUGAUAUCUUGGCCCAGGUCCAAGGGUUACGCCCUGAUCUGCGAGAUAACCCUCUGCCGGACGGACUGGUUUGGUUUACGGAUGGGAGCAGUUUUAUCCACGAGGGCCGAAGAGCGGCAGGGGCGGCAGUGGUGUCCAUGCAGGAAGUCAUAUGGGCUGAGCCUUUGCCAUCCGGGACGUCCGCUCAAAAGGCUGAACUAAUUGCCCUAACCAAAGCUCUCACCUUGGCUCGAGGGAAAAAUUUAACUGUGUAUACUGACAGCAGAUAUGCAUUUGCCACGGCCCACGUACACGGGGCCAUAUAUCGAGAGCGCGGGCUCUUAACCUCCGACGGCAAAGGCAUUAAAAACGCUCAAGAAAUUAUGGAUCUCCUGGCAGCGCUGUGGCUACCACGUAAGCUGGCUAUAGUACAUCAUCCAGGUCAUCAAAAGGACUCCUCGACUCCAACUCAAGGUAAUAAGCGGGCGGAUGAGGCAGCACGCCAAGCUGCCCUAAUGCCGGUAGAUGCCCUGACAGUAAAACUCCCAGACCCAGGGGACCCGCAGCUGCCGGAAGACCCAGAGUAUAGUGCUAUGGACUUUGACUACAUACAGUCUCUACCGGGUGCUUUUUCUUUGGGACACUGGUGGUACACCCAAGAAACUAAGGCCAUCUUGCCAGCACACUUGGCCACUGAUCUCAUUCAGCGCUUGCACCGAGCCACGCAUUUGGGAGAGAGAAAAAUUCUAACUCUAAUCAGGCAAUGGAACCUCCAUGUCCGGGACGCAACCUGUACCGUGCGACAAGUAGUGGCAUCCUGCCAGUCGUGUGCCAUGGUAAACGCCACCAAGACAACCGGUGAACCAGGAAUGAGGCCGCGAGGAACGCGCCCGGGGGUCCAUUGGGAAAUAGACUUCACCGAGGUAAGACCAGGUAAAUUUGGCUAUCGAUACCUGCUGGUCCUGGUGGACACGUUUUCCGGAUGGCCGGAGGCGUUCCCGACAAGAGGUGAGUCAGCUCGAGUGGUAGCCAAAAUCCUGUUGGAAAACAUUUUUCCUAGAUUUGGGUUUCCAGUGACCAUUGGGUCAGACAAUGGACCAGCCUUUGUCUCUCAGGUAUCGAAAUCUGUGGCUUCUGCCCUGGGAGCAGAGUGAAAGCUCCAUUGUGCCUAUCGGCCCCAGAGUUCAGGGCAGGUGGAGAGAAUGAACAGAACUUUAAAAGAAACUUUAACUAAAUUAACUUUAGAGUCUGGCGGGGACUGGGUGACUCUCCUUCCCUAUGCCCUCUUCCGGGCUCGCAAUUCCCCUUAUCGUCUGGGUCUGUCUCCGUUCGAGAUUAUCUAUGGAACCGCCCCCCCAACCACACCGCACGGUGCGCAGUUAGCUUGUGAUUUGCCUUCUGAUUGUGAACUUUUUCUUUCUGUGUGGGCUGUACAGCAGGCUCACCAGGAGGUCUGGCCCCGCCUCAGAGCGCUCUAUGAAGGGGGAGGACCUUCUCAGACAGCCCACAAAUUUCAGCCUGGAGAUCUUGUCCUUGUCCGCCGACACAAGACCGACGGUCGUGGCCUCCAGCCCCGGUGGAAGUGUCCCUACAUCGUCCUCCUGACCACACCCACCGCACUCAAAGUGGACGGCAUCGCGGCCUGGGUUCAUCACUCACACGUCAAGACGGCACCAACUGACGACUCCCAGCUGCAGUGGCGAGCCCGGAAGCAUCCCACCAAUCCACUCAAGCUGACUCUUCAGGCGCUCCCGGCUACAACCCAUCGCUCCCAGACCACUGCCCACGCCGUGAAAAAUGACACCAAACUGUAAUGUUGGCUACCUACUGUCCUUCCUUUGUUUUCUCCUUGUCGGGGCUGACUGGGAUCCCUGCCGACGGUGCAUCACCGAAGGCAUAUUCGGUCAUAUUCAGAGCAAGUGCUAUGUUAGUAAGCGUGCUUGCAGCCUUAAGGGAGUUCCUUUGUUUGUGGCGACCCUGAUUAAGGGCACCACCCAUGGAUGUCCAGGUACAGUGGGGAGGGUGGUCUGUUGGAAGCGUUUAAAUCAAAUGCCGCCUAAAAAUGAAAGUUGCAAUCACUGUAAAGA